AAUGUUGUUGUCGUAAGCGACCAUCAACACAAACCAUGGCCGGCUCCACUCGGCUCGGUUUACUCGCGAAAAGUUUUAAUUUAUUGUCCGUUUCUCAGCCCCCAUUGAGUCACGGUAUUGUGAGACAGUAUGCAACAGCAGUCCCCUUCACCAGACCAAGCAUUGCAGCAGUUCCUCUCACAACAAAAAUAAACAACGUUAAGCAGAGGCUGAAUCAACCACAGCUCCCUCAGGUGCAGCCAGUCAGGUCAACAAGCUUCUUCAACAAAUUGCCUGCUGAUCAGCUCUGGAAGGGUGUGACGAGUGUGAGCAAUGCCGGCAAGAAGCGUGGACGUGGCAAAGGUGUUGGCAAGAAAAUGGCAAAAAAUCUCAACCGAGGACAGAUGAUUGGUGUUGGACGUGAGAACAUUGUUUGGCCUGGACUAAAUGCCCCCAUUCUGCGAGGGAAGGAGUUGAUACAGCAGCAGAAGCUCCCAAAAGAUACUGAGAGAGAGGCAAAGCUUAUCAAAAUGAGAGACACCAUGGGUGUGUUCCGUCCUCUGCGCCUUGAUCCCCUGGAGAGAGGCUGGUCCGGCAACAAGAUGCCAGGGAGGAGCAUUGGCCCCCCCAACCCUAUUGGGGAAGACAACUUUGAAGGGUUUGAUACCAAGGUACUAGAACUUAAGACAGUGACCCACAUGAGCGGCAUCUUUGGGAGGAAAAGACGCAUGAGUAUGUUUGUUGUCACUGGCAAUGGGAAUGGCCUGGGAGGAUUUGCUCUAGCCAAAGCCAACACCAUGCCGGACACUAUGAGGAAGGCAAAGAACCGGGCAGGACAGAAACUGAUCUACGUUGAACGAUACAACGACCAUACAGUUUUCCAUGACUUCUUUAGCCAGUUUGGAUACACAAAGCUCUUUGUCAAGAAGAAACCUGAGGGCUAUGGUCUGGUCUGCCACCGUGCCAUCCGUACCAUCUGUGAGGUGAUUGGCAUCAAGGACAUCUACGUCAAGGUGGAAGGCUCCACCAACAUCCAGAACCUCACAAAGGCCUUCUUUCUCGGACUCAUCAAUCAGAAAACUCACCAGGAUCUCAGUGAGGCCAAGCAGCUGCAUCUUGUGGAAUUUCGUAAAGAGAACUUGGAAUUCCCCCGGGUUGUGGCUUCCCCCCAGGGCGGCAAGGUGCGCAACCUGGAAGAAAUUCCCAAGGACGAGGAGCUUGACUUCGGCCUGUACACAAUGGACGGCAAGGUGGAACUGCAGAGAAAGAAGUACCCCCCUGGUUAUCAGAGUUUGCCAAGCUACAACACCUUCCUGAAGAAGUACCUGAAGCGCCGCAACCAUGAUAAGGUGAUGGUAGACAUGAGGGUGGAAUACGGGGAACUGCGGAGCUUCUACACCGAGAAACACCCGGAAUGCAAGCCAGGGCCGAAGAGGAAUGCCGAGGAAGCCAUGUAAAUAAACCAAGAGGGUGUGGUCCUCGCGUUGGAGAAAUUGUUUAUACGAUUGUACAUUUUAUUGAUUUUGUGUCUUAUAUGAUCUGUAGAGAUUAAAUAAAUGAGGAAAUAUAGUUA